GGACUGCACAGAUCGAUAGUUAACUUAAAAAUUUCUAUUACCCAUAAUUUUAAAGAGUUGAUUAAAAAAUAACCUUCUGGGUUUAACAUUUUCUUCCGGGUGAUCGAGAAAUAAUACAUAUUGAGAUAUAUAGAUAUAAUGAAUUAAGUCAGGGUGAUGAGAUGAUGAUCUACGCAGUGCGUAGGUAGAUCAUGCAUGUUGAUUAAUUAGCUAGCAAAGUUAUUUUAAGAUUAAAAAAGUGAAGGCUGGUGGGAGGGGGAGUCAGAUUACUUAACCAGAGGCAGCCAUGGUGGUUUUGAUGGAGGCAAGGUGGAGAAAUGAAGGAACUGAUGAGAAGGGUAUAUGACAUUUGACAAAUAUUAUGAGUGAGAGGGAGGUUUAAUCAGAAAGUUUGGUGUGAGACAGCAUGCAAAUUGCUGAACCUGCUGGUGAUGUAGCAGCAACCACACAGCAAAAAAGAAAAAGAAAAAGAAGAAAAGACUCCUCAGACAAUAACUAAUCUCCAAACUCUCCCCCACUGCGUGCAAGCUAGCUCCUUAAAUUCACUUCAAGUGCUGAUCUCACCGCCGCAGGUCAACCCCACAACCAUCACCAAAUCAAUCAUGGAGUUCCCUAACACCAAGUCUGCACAAAAGUUCGGGAAGACUAGUUCGCAGUCGACAGUUCUGUGGAGCUCUAAUUCUAAAGCCGCGCCAAGAGAAGAAACAAGAGGGCGAACGACAGAAAAAUUAAAGGCUUCUAAGCUCCCAGCAAAAGAAAACACAAAGCCACAAGAAAUCAAACUCCACACCGAACAAAGAGCCGUCAAACGUGCAAUUUUCAACUACUCGGUUGCAACCAAGUUGUAUCUCAUAGAGCAACGGAAGAAGCAACAUGAGAAAUUGAUGAAGAUGAUAGAAGAAGAAGAGAUUCGGAUGCUAAGAAAGGAAAUGAUUCCUAGAGCCCAAUUGAUGCCAUUUUUUGACAGACCCUUCUUUCCCCAGAGAUCAAAUAGGCCCUUGACAGUUCCAAGAGAGCCGAGUUUCAGAGUGUUGAGCAACAAAUCUUGGAACUGCACCUCCUGCAGUGAUCUCUACAACUUACCUGCAACUUCUCAUCAGCCCAUGAAGCCUAUUAAAUAAUAACUUCAAUUCAUCAUUAGCCACGACGUGGAGUGCUACUGCUCUUCUUGAUUGUAUCUUUAGCCAUCAUUGAUCCAUCCCUGCAUGCAUCUUGUAACAACAACACUCUGCUAGCUAGCUCGCUAGGGCUUCUAUGAGUAUGACUGGCUAGUGUAUCUUCCUACAUAUAGUCCUAAUAAAGGUAAAAUUUAUUUCAA